AUGCCGGAGCAGGCCCAGCCUGGCAUGGGUGUGGGCCUGCAGCCAGCCAGGCUCGAGGGGGUCCCCAGCCUCUUCCAGGGUCUUCCCCUGGAAGUGGGCGGCUGCAGGGAAGGAGAGAAGCCCCAGGUCCCCGACCCUUCCUGCUCUUCUUGCCCUGCCUUGGAAGCCAGGCCCAUCUCUCUGGGGUCCACCUGUCGCAUGGCGGGGAGGCCGGGUGUGGACGGUGACCCAGAGCACCGGGGUGGGGGAUGGCACAGUGAGGCACCAGUGGCUGCACUGAGCCAGGCACUGGGUCCACUUAGAACCCCAGCUCCUCCUCUGUGGAUUGGGCUCUUCCUAGUAGCCACAGGAAAUCAACAAAACCUGGCCCAGCCCUUGCCAGGAAACACCACAGAGGCCACAGGACGAAGUCUGAGGGCCUCCGGGUCCUUGUGUGGACCCCAUGCUAAAGCCCCAUACCUGUGCGAGGCCACCCAUGAACCUGCUGCAGCCAGAAUUCAUGCCCAAGUCCCCGACUUGGGCUGGAGCAGGGUUGGGGGUCAGCGGUUCUACAGCCGUGUCCUGAGCCCCCUGCACCUGGGACCCUCAGGGCACACUGAGGCCUCUGCUCAGAGGUCCCACGUUGGGAAGCUGAAGGAGCCGCAGCCUCAGGACCACAAGCCAGGGCUAGGUGCUUCCUAACCUCUGUGCUUCAGAGAGGGCCGGGAGUGGUGGCUCAUGCCUGUAAUCCCAGCACUUUGGGAGGCUGAGGAGGG